AUGGAGGCCAAUGGGUCAAUUUUCAUAAAGCUGGGCCAACACAUCUCGUCCAUGGGAUAUCUGCUUCCUACCGAGUAUACCGAGACCUUCAUCCCCUUGCAGGACAAAUGCCCCGUCUCAUCCUACGAAUCCAUUGAAGAGAUGUACCUCAGAGACACGGGCCAUCGAAUAGAAGACCACUUUGACGACUUCACGAGAGAGCCGAUUGGUGCAGCGUCAUUGGCGCAGGUGCACUUGGCCGUGAUGAAGGAUACAGGUCAGAGGGUGGCGGUCAAGGUGCAACAUCCCAGCCUCGAAGAGUGGGUGCCACUGGAUCUGGCCCUGACAAGAUUCACCUUCCGCACGUUGAAGAGAGCAUUCCCCGACUACGACUUGGAGUGGUUGAGUAAUGAGAUGGACUUCUCUCUGCCGCAAGAGCUAGAUUUCAGGCUGGAAGGGCAGAACGCAAUGUAUGCGAAGCAGUACUUCGAACGACAUACCCGGUUCCCACUCGUCAUACCGCUGGUGAUAUCGGCCAACAAAAGGAUUCUGGUCAUGGACUAUGUUAGGGGAGCCAGGGUGGAUGAUCUACCUUACUUCAAAGAGCACAACAUCUCGCGGGCCGAAGUGUCGGCGACGCUGGCACGGAUCUUCAACGUCAUGAUUUUUUCGAAAGGCGCCCCGUUGCAUUGUGAUCCACACGCAGGAAAUAUCGCCAUUCGUCACAAUCCCAAGCGAAGGUAUCCUUAUAAUUUCGACGUCAUCCUCUACGACCAUGGGCUCUAUCGGAUGCCAGAUGACAAGUUGAGGAGGGACUAUGCGAAGCUGUGGCUCGCGGUCAUCGAUGCAAAUGAAGAGAAAAUGCGGAAGUACGCCUACGAGGUCGCAGGGAUUGGUGAAAAAGAGUUUCCCUUGUUUGCCUCCGCCAUCACGGGCCGUGACUAUCGGGUGCUGACUCGCAAAGAGAUUACCACUUCAAUACGAAACGACGUUGAGAAGGAAGCGAUUGGCGAGGUGUUUGGCGAAGACCUCCUUGCGCAACUCGUGCAGCUGCUGGGCCAUGUGCCGCGCAUCAUCCUUCUCAUACUGAAGACGAACGAUCUCACGAGAAGUCUAGAUGAGGCGCUGGGAUCGACUCAGCCGAUGAGACCAAUGCUCAUUUUGGCCAAGUACGCGAGUUGGACUGUCUGGCAGGACGAAAAGGAUAUGAUUCGACGGAGGGGGAGUUUCUUCCGUCCGCAUAACUUUUGGAGGCUGUUACGGGCGUGGGUGAACUUCAUGAGGGUAGAAUUGAAGCUGUUUGGGUAUGAGCGGUAUUUAUCUAUACGGCGACACUUGGGUCUCGACGAGUGA